AUGACAACACUAUUCAAUCUCUAUGAAAUUGGUUCUGUGCUGACAAUUAUUUCACAUCCACUGGGAACGGCAGAAAAUUCUCUAUGUGCUUGUCAUUGGAUUUUGAAAGGCAAAGUUUUAAGGAUAAUGAUCAUCGAAAUUUUGCAAUUUCAUCCUGAAGCUUUUGUCUCUUUAAAAACUUUACUGAGGAUAAGCGAUUUUACUUUUACUCCUAAACAAGCUUUUUAA